AUGUCGGAGCCAAUCAUUCUCUCCGAUGAAGAAGACCAGAAUGCCCUCUCAACCCCAUUCCAACCAUUCCACUGUAAGAAACGCCGAACCCAACUGGACCCAAACCCAAUCCCUACGGUUCUGGUCCUCGACGACGACCCGACCCCACAGAAGCAGCCCGGCCCCACCUCCACUCCUGACUUCGUCCCGGAGACCCCCAUGUCUGAUCUCGCAAUUGUGAAAUGCACCAAAGCCCCUUCCCACUUCCAAGCUAGGGUUUCAGACUCCGAGCACAAGUUCCCUGACGGGAAUUGGGAGAUUGGUCAGUCACUGAAGAUGGGAAAAAUUGAGGAAGAAGUAAUCAGGUUUUAUAAAAGGGUUUAUACAAAAGAAGAAAACACAACUUGGUUAGAGAGACCUUUUCAGGACGAUGAGAUGAUGAAGGCAAUUUGGGACUGCUGCGAGGAUAGUCACUCGGUCCCGAUGGUAUUUCUACAGCAGUUUAUCCAGUGUUGCACUGUGUUGAUGGUGGACUUGAUGAAGUUUUUGAGGAAUUUAAUAGAAGUGGGGUUGUCAAUGAGAUCACUAAUGAAACGUACAUUUGCCUUAUUCCAAAGAAAAUGGAUGCAUGCAAGUUUGGAAAGGUUUUGCAUCAAGCUUGUACAAGAUUAUCUUGAAGGUUUUGGCUCUGAGAUUGAAGCAAGUAUUAGGGGAUACAAUUUCGUUCUGGUCAAGAAGCUUUUGUUAAAGGAAAUUUUGUUAAAGGAAGGCAGAUAUCAGAGGUUUGGCAUCAAGCUUGUACAAGAUCAUCUCGAAGGUUUUGGUUCUGAGAUUGAAGGAAGUCUUAAAGGAUACAAUUUCCUUAUGUUCAAGGAGCUUUGGUUAAAGAAAGGCAGAUAUCAGAGAGCUGCCGGAGCUUCCCUCCCAAGGCGACUCUUUGUAGGAUCCUUUUAUAAAGGGAUCCGAAGCCCGGGUGUUAAUGGACUGAUAUGUUUGGAAUCUGAUAAUGAGCCUGAAAGUGGUCAUGCAAGGAAAAAGGGGAAGGAGAUUGAAUCCAUCGCUAGUGGGUGUGAUGUGGUGAAGGACUUAGAUUGGAGGUUUAGUUUUGUCGAGUCCACAAGUUCUCUUGGAGAUGCUGAGUUAGCACAUAUGUCUGAGGGGAAUUUUUCACAAUCUACUUUGCAAGAUGAUAUUGAUCAGGAGGCUGAUGUAGAACAGCCUGUAGAAAAUAGAAUGGAUCAGAUGGGAAACAUCUUGAAGCAGAGAAGGACUACAGCUGUUACUGAUAAAGAAAACAUUACAAAAGAGGCAACAGGAAGAAGGAAGCUGACAAAAGAGGAAAGAACGCGCUUAAUGGAAGAAAAGAAGCUAAAGAAGAUACAAGAGAAAUUGCAAAGAGAAGCUCUGAAAGCUGAAGCAGCAGAGAUGAAAAAAAUACAGAAAGAAAAGCAAAAGUGGGAAAAAGGGAAGUUUGCCCUAAAAUCCAUCGUGGCCGAGAUUGAUUCUAAAGUAGUGGAGUUGGGGUCAGUUGGAGGAAAUUUGCUUACAAGGUUUGCUGAAAAGGGGCUAACAUACCGUAUAACAUCAAAUCCAAUUGAAAGAUCAAUUGUCUGGACCAUGACUGUCCCAGAACAUAUUUCACAGCUUUCCCCUGAAGAAAUAGAGAUUCAAUAUAUAUUGCUCGUGUAUGAAGCUGAAGAGUUUUGUAACCUUGUCAUCAAUGAAUCUCUUUUGGAUCAUGUUUUUAGUGUUCGAAGUCGUUAUCCAUCGUAUACAGUGUGUUAUCUUACAAAUAGGUUGAUGGCAUACAUUAUAAAAGGUGAGGUUGCUGAAGAUCCAAGGUUACCAUUGUGCAUCUGUAGCUCAUUUACUUAG